UCAGCACUCUACUUUUCCCCUGAGUGGCCGAACGAACGUCAGUCAACACGUCUAACGCUGUUGGGUACGAUAUUGCGUACUGUACGAGAGAACUAAGGGCCCUGUACGGGCAUUCUAAUUUUCCAAGGCCAUUGGAGAUAAUAGAAAAUAGUUUUCUAGGAAAUGAAUAGAGUCCACACCGGGACUGAGAGGUCACGGUAGUGAGACGUGAAGUGGAAGGCGAAAGCCUUUCAGGAUGUAUAACGGUAUUGGGCUGCCCACCCCAAGGGGUAGCGGCACCAACGGCUACGUCCAGAGGAAUCUUUCAUCUGUAAGACACAAGAAGGACCGGACAGACUAUAAGUCGGAGGAAGAGUUGAAGAAACUGGAGUCGUCUUUGAUAAAAAAGCCCAACCAGGAUAUCCUGGACCACGAAAGGAAGAGGAAGGUGGAACUUAAGUGCCUGGAGCUUGAAGACAUGAUGGAGGAGCAAGGGUACUCUGAAAAGGAGAUCCAAGAGAAGGUAGCCACCUUCCGGCAGAUGCUGAUUGAGAAGGAUGGGGCACCAAAUAAAGACGAACACCAGCAGCCACAGCGUCCAGCGGUCACAGAGACGCACCAGGUGGCAGCAGCUAAUGAGAAGAAGAAUGAGCGUCUGCGCUCCGCUUUUGGCAUCAGUGAUGACUAUGUGGAUGGCAGCUCCUUCGACCCAAACCGGCGUGCCAAAGAUGCCACAGCAGCAGCGGCAGCAUCCAAGCAGCAGGAGCAACAGAAGGAGUACAGUCUGAUCCAAGGCUCCAGUGCAUCCCGCUCCCCAUCGCCGAAGAAAAAGAAGAAAAAGAAAGAAAAAAACCGAGGAGGGUCAGAGAGCCAUUCACCAACCCGGAAGGAAAAGAAGAAGAAAAAAAGUUCCAAGAAGAAGAAACACAGGUCUGAAUCAGAGUCGAAGAAGAAGAAGCACAGGUCUUCAAGUCCCAAAAGCAAGCACAAGACCAAGGAGAAGAAAAGGAAGAGGUCUCCAAGUGGAUCUCCACCACACAAGCAGCAGCGUGACCGUUCAUCAUCAUCUGCAUCUUCUACAGAAGGUUCUCCGAAAAGACGCUCAAAGAGCCCUUCUGCAGUCUCUAAGACUACGCAUGUGGCAAGUAGGGCAAACCUUUCACCUCAGAGAGUUGAGGCUGAGAAGACUCGUGGAAGAUCACCUACUCGACGUCGGUCAGGAAGUGCAGAUAGGAGCAAGAAGCCUGGGUCGAGUGAGAGUGCUGAUCAGGCAUCGCGUAAUACAAGCAAGAAUGGCCAGGAAAAAUCAAGUAAGAAGGUGUCAUCAUCUGGAACGAAGAAGCGUUCUCCUUCCCCUGUAGCAACAGAAUCUGAAAGGAGCUUACUGAGACGCUUGGAAAUGAGGAAAUCUGUUUCUCCUGAACCAAAACGGUCCUAUUCUGAAAAAGGAAGCAAAGGAGAUGGGCGUUCCUUGGACAGAAGUAGAAUGCGUGCUUCCCCAGAUAGAAAAAGCCCAGAUCGGGCAAGAACUCAAAGGCGUUCAUCUCCAGGAGAAAGAAGAUCACCAAGACCCUCCAGGUCCUCACCAGCUCACAGGAAAUCCCCACCUGGCCGCCGAGGCUCACCCACCAGAAGCAGAUUUUCACCUGCUCAAAAAAGGUCUCCUAGAAGAAGUAGAUCACCUUCUGGACCCUACAGAUCCCAUGAAGGAAGAGAUAAAUACUCCCCAAAAAGACGCAUGUCUCCUUCUUCAAGAGGAAGAAGUUCUCCAAUUAUUAGAUCAUCUUCUAGAAGGAGCCGCUCUAGAUCAGGACAUAGGAAGUCUCCUUCAAGGAAAGAGAAGACCUCUCCAAGGCGACAGAAGUCUCCAGUUGAACAUGGAAGUUCACCUUAUAAAUCUAGUAAAUCACCAUCAAGGAAAGCAAAACAGUCUUCUGCAUCUGGAAGGUCACCAAGAAGAAGCAAAUCACCAGUAGCUCAAUGGAAAGCUUCUCCAAGACAGGAUAGAUCACCACCAAGAAGGCAGAGGUCACCAGUUCGCGCAAAGUCACCAGCAAAUAAAAAUAAGUCACCAGUCCACAGAUCAUCUUCUCGACGAAGCAGAUCAUCUGAGACUCAAAAGGUAACGAAAAGAAUGGAUGCUUCAUCCUCACAGAGACAGAAGUCCCCCUCUGGUAAAAAGAGGUCACCAGUUAGGCAGAGGUCAUCAUCAGAAUCCAGCAGAUCGUCAUCUGGGUCUCGUAAAUCAUCUCCAGUGAGGCAGAGAUCACCCCAGAAGCUUGUCAGAUCACCUCAGGGUAAAGCUAUGUCACCAUCAUUGAGAAAAACAGCCAAAGGAAAGAAUAUUGGGUCUUCAUUAAUACAAAAUGCAUCCCCUGUCAGACAGCUGUCUCCUCAAGUCAGCCGAUCUCCUCCUAAUAAACACAGAUCACCAAAGCGGAGUAGGGCACGGUCCUCUUCUGGAAGCAGUAGGUCAUCUUCAGGAGCUCGCAAAUCAUCUCAAUUAAAAGAAAGACCAUCUCCAAGGAGACCAGUGCAGGCUCAGUCUCGCAGUAAGUCACCUCAUGCCAAGAGCAAGUCUUCCAGAUCUCCAUUAUUGAGAAGAGGGAGAUCGUCCUCUAGAAGUAGUAGAUCGUCAUCUGGUCCUCGCUUAGAAUCUCCAGUAAAAGAAUGUCCAUCUCCAAGGAAAUGGAGAUCUCCUCAUAAUAGGUCAUCAGUGGCUAAGAGUUUGUCACCACCUUCAAGAAGGGAGAGAUCAUUAUCAUCUGGUAAAAAUAGGUCUGGGACUCGCAAGGCAUCCCCAAGAAAAGAUGAGUCACCCAUUAUGCAGAAAUCUUUGAAAGGGCUCAGAUCACCAGUAGCAAGGAAACGAAAGUCCUCUUCAGAAAGUAGCAGAUCAUCUGGAUGUCAUAGUGCCUCUCCAGUUAGAGACUGUCCUUCUCCACUGAAACAGAAAUCUCCAAAGAGACGGGAACGAUCAACAUCAGAAAGCAGUAGGUCCUCUUCAGGACCUCGUAAUGUCUCAGCAAGAAAAGACAAACCAUUGCCAAGAAAACAGAAAUCACCAGUAGUUCAGGCACAACCUUCUAAAAAAAUGACACAAGGUAGAAGAGAAAGAUCAUCAUCUGGAAGCAGCAGGUCGUCUUCAAGCUCUCUGAAGGAAUCUCUCAGAAGAGGUGGAUCAUCUCCAAGAAAAGUGUCUCCAGCCCGAAAUAGAUCUCCAUUGCGAAAUAAGUCACCUAUUAGAAGGGAAAGAUCAUUGUCAUCUGGAAAAAGUAUGUCUCCUACAGGACCUCGCAAGGCAUCUCCAAGAAAAGAGAUGACUGUUAAGAAGCAGAGGUCUCCCCUAAGCAGGAAAUCCCCUCUGGAAAGAAAUAUGUCUCCUCCUGUGAGACGAGAUCGGUCUUCAGGAAGCAGCAGAGCUUCUUCAGGACACCGUAAGGCAUCCCCAAGAAGAGAUUUCCCAUCUCCUGUUAAGCAGAAGGUGCUGCCCAAGAGCAGCAGAUCACCACCAGAUAGAAAUAGGUCUCCCUUGGUGAGAAAUGAAAGAUCUGCCUCUGGAAGUAGCAAGUCUUCUUCAAGAAAGGAUCGACCAUCCCCAAGGAAUCUAAGGUCACCGCAGGAUCAUAAGAUAUCUCCAUCUAGAAGUCCAUCACCUAUUCUAAGUAGGGGGAGAUCCACUUCAGAAAGCAGCAGGUCCUCAUCUGGACCACGCAGCACAUCUUUAAAAGAUAGGAAGCCAAAGUCACCACAGAGCCGCAGUCGAUCUCCACCAGCUAGGAAUGUGUCCCCCCCAGUGCAACAUAGAAGGUCAUCUUCAGGAAGCAGCAGGUCAUCUUCAGGUUCCCGUGAGACAUCUUCAGUACGAGACAAACCAUCUACGAGAAGAAAAUCACCUCCGAUUCAGAGUAAAUCUCCACCAGCUAGAAAUAAGGCAUCACCAGUGAGGAGGAGGAGAUCCUCUUCAGUAAGUAGCAGGUCGUCUUCAGGAUCUCGAAAGGCAUCUUCAGUAAAAGAUUUCUCCCCCAAAAAAUGGAAUUCACCUCCGGUCCAGAGUGCGUCUCCACGCGGGAGGACAAGAUCAUCUUCUGGUAGUAGGUCGUCAUCUGGAUCUCAUAAGGCUUCUUCUACAAAAAGACCAUCUCCAAAAAAACUGAAGACUUCACAAAUUCAAAAUAAAUCCCCAUCAUCUAGAGCUAAGUCUUCACCCAUAAGAAGGACAAGAUCAUCUUCUGAAAGUAGCAGGUCAUCUUCAGGUUCUCCGAGGGCAUCUCCAGUUACUGAUCGAGCACCCUCAAAGAGUAAGAGGUCUUCCCAAGAGCAUAGCAGAUCACCUGGUUCUAAAGAUAUGCCUCAGUUUUUGAGGAGAGAGAGAUCAUCCUCUGGAAGUAGUAGGUCAUCUGGUCAUCAUAAAAUGGUGCCAGAGAAACAAUCUUUGCAGGGGCAUAAUAGAUCACCUAGUGAUCGGAGCAAGUCACCCACAGAGAGGAGAGAGAGGUCAUCUAGCAGCAGUAGUAGGUCAUCUUCAGGAUCUUGUAAAGCCUCUCCAAAGGAGAAGAGAUCUCCAUCGGGCUUCAGUAAGUCUCCUUUACUUAGAAAUCUUUCUCCUGUAUUAACUAAGGAAAGAAUUACCUCUUCUGGCAUCUCCAAAUCUUCUCCAGCGGGUGACAGGCCUUCUCCGUGGAGGCAGAAAUCACCACAAGAUAGAUUAUCUGAGAGAGGCAAGUCAUCUCCUGCUUUUGCAAAGUCGUCUCCCAGGCCAGAGGAGUGUCCUCCGAAAACAGACAGAGUAUUGGCUGAAAAUAUUUUGUUAGGAGUGAGUAAAGUCAAGUCACCCCCUGUUCCAUUUCGGACAUCACUUGAAAAAAGUGCCCAGUCACCUGCUUAUAAAGCUUUAUCAGAGCGUUCUACUGGUUCUCAAGAAGGAAAGAAAAGGUCGCCACCACAGCUUUACUCUCCUACCAGCCACACAUCAAGCAGAUCUAGAUCACCAUCUCCAGAAGAGAAUUCAGAUUUGGCUAAUUCAUUGCCUUCACACUUAACACAAAGUUCUGUUUUUUCUAAGAACACCGUGUGUCCAAAGUCAAAAUCGAGAUCCCCUUCAGUAUCUAGUCAAAGAGAAGCAGCUCCACAAGAUACUGACCACACUUCUGUGUUACCUUCUUCAGCAUGUGAGCCAUUGGUUGGCAGAGAAACAGAGCUGCCAUUGUCCAAGUCACCACCACAGCAAUGUUUCUCUGCCGAUAAACCAGAGACACAAAGGCCAGAAGUACAGGAACUCCUCCUUGAGGAAUCCAAAGCUAAGCAAGAGGACCAGAGUAACUUGCAACCAUCGUCACAGUUGCAUGACAAAAUACAAGGACCCGAACUCUCUGAACCUAGCAAAAUGGUCCAUUUGAAGCCCAGUCCAACAUCUCAGAGACAGUCAUCCCCAAUCCCGGUACCCCCUCCCCCUCUUUCUGUUCCUCCUCCAGAAAGUAAAAGAAGAAAAAGCAGCAGCUCAUCCUCCUCUUCGUCAUCUUCUAGUUCUUCUGACUCUACUAGUCGUUCUCGCUCCCCAAAGAGGAAGGAGCAGCAAAGCAGUAAAAAAAGGAGUCCGAGUCCCAAACGGAAAGUAGAACGAGGGAGGAGACCAUCUGUGAGCCCAAGAAAACGCAGACAUGGACGUAGCUCUAGCAGUAGUUCCAGCAGCUCCAGUAGGACAAGCUCCUCUUCAACAUCUCGAUCCCGGUCACGUUCUUGGACACAGCAGAAGGGAAGCAUGAGGAGGAGAACGCCUCCACCACCAAGGCGAAGGUCACGGAGUCCCAGGAAACCCAUUGAUUCUCUGAGAGAUUCAAGGUCUCUUAGCUACUCACCCGUUGACCGUCGCAGGGACUUUGCACGUAGACGGAGUCGCAGUCGCAGCCCCAGGAGAUAUCCACAGCACUAUGGGGGAAGAGAUCGUGAUAGGGAUCGGGACCGGGAUAGAGAUCGGGACAGAGAUCGUGAUCGUGAUCGAGAUAGAGAUCGAGACAGAGAUCGGGAUAGAUCACGAAGGUCAAGUAGUAGAUCUCCAAUCAGAAAACGCAGGCGAGAUUCUCCAGGCCCCAGAGAUCGCCCAUAUCGCCGUUGGGAUUCCAGGGCACGUUAAUCUGGAAUACUCUUUGGCAUUAUUCAAGGACUCGAGUACCUAACAUGGAUACCUUCCCUAACGCCCUCCAGUGUUUUUUUUUCCCCUGCAUUUGUAAAUAAAUGGUUACAGCAGAAGACGGGAUCCCCAGAACCUGCUUUGAACUGGAGAGCAACCUCAGCUUCUCUCUGUGUGUUGAGUUCAGGUGGAGCCUACUAAAAGAAGACACUGUGAAUGAAAUUGUUUGCUUGCUCUGCUCCAUCAUGCCCCUUUUCUUUCUGCAUCCUUUUUCACCGACUGCUGGUCCUUUUGAUUCUUACUGUCAUGUUAUAGUACUAUGUAAAAAAUAGAAUGGGGGGAUUUAAAAACGUGUUUUGAUUGUCCUUGACUCUGUUCUAAACUUCCUGCCAGCUUUUAUCUGAAUCAUUAUUUUUCUGUCUUUUCAAUUACUGUGUAAAAUUUCAACAUUUUCUGUGUUUCUUGCAUUUUACAGCGAGGUAAAGAAGUGAAGUUAAUUUUUAACAGAAUGAAAAGUGUUUUCAGAUGAUGCAUUUAAAUUGAGUUUCUCAGGCUAGAGAUGAAUCACUUUUUGUAGGUGGUGGGAAGAAGAAGAGCAAGUUAAAGCAAGCAGAACCACACAACAGCAUUUUUUCUUCAAAGCGCAGCCUGUCUUCAUGAUGCAGUCCACAAAACACUGAUGUAAACCUUAUCAGGAUCACAUUUUUUUGCUUCUGCACUGCAUUAUGGAUAUUGCAUCUAAGAGCAGGAGUGGGGUUUUUGAUGUUUUCCACGUACUGAGAUAAAGUGCACAGUGAUCAUCACUGUAUGGUAUUUCGUUUGCAUCAUCCUCUUGCAUCCAGUGUGAUACAGGUAGUUUGUUAGCUGGCAUACUCACUAAGCUGACUGAUGCAGAACCUCUCUUACCAUCUUGGACUCUGCAUGUCAGUAAAGAUGAACAGUUGGAUAUCCUUGGCAUUGAAUCAGCAGUCAGCAUUGCUCACUCCACUUUGCUCAGCAUCAAUACUGCAGAGACACAGGACAUGAUAACCUGCUUCAGAGAAGCUGUGCUGCAUUAAGUUGAAGAAUGCACUACAGAACUGGCUUAGUCUAGCCUGAGAAACAACUAUUUCUUUUCUGGGUUUUGUCUCUUUGAGAACUCAGUGGCAUAGAAAUUUUUAUAUGUACAGAUGACAUCCUUUCAGUCAAUAAAUAUAAAACAGAAA